CCACGGCCACCACCACCACCCGCCGUCGCCACCCGGCACCGCCGCCUGCGUCGCCGAUGGCCGCCGCUUCGUCGAGAUGUCUCCUCGUCACCGGCCCACCGGGCGUGGGGAAGACGACGCUGGUCAUGCGGGUGCUGGAAACCCUCAGGUCGUCCCACCCGCACCUCGCCGUCCGCGGAUUCUACACCCGGGAGGUGAGGGAGAAUGGGGAGAGGGUCGGGUUCGAGGUCGUGACGCUCGACGGGCGAAGCGGGCCGCUUGCAUCCUCCAGGAUUUCAAGUUUGUGGUAUCUUGCAGCCCUGAGUCUGUUAGAUGGCCUACUGUUGGGAAGUACAAAGUAGAUGUAGCGUCUUUGGAAUCGCUAGCAUUGCCUGAGUUGCAGGUCAAAGAAGACACAGAUCUCUUCAUCAUUGAUGAAGUGGGUAAAAUGGAGUUGUUCAGUCCAGCAUUUUUCCCUGCUGUGAUGAGAGUUAUGGAGUCCAACAUCCCUGUGCUGGCCACCAUACCACUACCAAGAUAUGGCCGAGACAUUCCUGGAGUCGCAAGGUUGAGGAAUCAUCCUGGUGCAGAUGUUUUCACCUUAAGCACUGGCGAUAGGGAUACCAUGAGAGAGAGCAUUUACAAUCAGUUGAGCAGCAGAUUGAUGCAGAAGAGGUGAAUACCUGAAUUAGGAGCAGUUUGGAGAAGUUUAUUACCUCAAAUGAUGGCAACAGGAUACCAAGAGAGAGUGUAUGCACAAGCCAGUUCAGCAGGUUGAUGCAGAAGAGGUGACAUGCUACCUUUUUAUUGUGAUGAUUUUGUUAGUCUUGGGUAAUGCAGAAAAUUAGAUCUUCCUUUGAGCAAAAGAAGGUGGAACAUUAGGGAUUUUACUUCAGUAAUAGCCCACCAUUAGCAUGUAACAUACAGUCUGGUCGUGUCUUCAAGUGGUGUACCUGCAUGGCUGAGUCAUCUUUUUGUAUGUUCACUGACUAUGGAUAUACAUUCAGCAAGUUAUUUUCAUGUACGUUACUAGUUAAUCUGAAUAUAUAAUAAUCAUUUCAAGUUUUGCGGGUUU